CUGAAGUAUUAAGAUUCUCAACGACGGGACAGAGAAGCUUUUAUUUUUCAACAGGUGUCGCUGUCACGUACAGCAGUUGCUAUUGGUUGGCAUAGAACAGUGGUGGUGUCGAGCAGUAGCAUUAGUCACGAUUCGCUGAAUGAACGAUUCGCAGGAUUUCACAUAUUUUUCCUUGUUUUAUAAGCGACGUUUAUAGCUAUUUAUAGUGAAAAGUAUGUGGUUGCUGUGCACUCUAAUGUGACUUAAAUAUUAAAAUAACAAGUAACUGUGGGUUUUUUACAAGAUUUAUGUGAAUGGUGAAUUCCUACACUGAGCUGGGGAGAAUGUUGUAGUCAUGAGGAUUGUCAUAUUGGUCCCAGUAACAUAUAUUUCAUCUCUAUGGCUAAGGGAAAAAUAAGAGGCUCUGACUCCAACAAUAAGAUAGCAGCAUCAAAUACAGCAUUUAAAAAUGGAGAAACAUAUACAUGGGAGUUUGAAAUUAAUGAAACUCCACCUAGUGCUAGAACCUUACUCACCAAAGGCUAUAUACAGGAUGAAAUUAAUUCAUUUUCAGGAGCAACUGUAUCAACACGUGGUCGUUUUAUGACUGAACAAGAAAAGCUUCGUUGCCCAAAUGAAAGACCACUAUACCUGUAUAUACAGGGACAUACAAAGCACAAUGUUGAUUUGGCGAUACAGAAAAUCAAUGAAAUCAUCAAGACAGAACACCAAAGUUCUUUAAAUAGACCAAGCAGGUUUACCAAUGCUCCACCACCUCUUAUGAGUUUACAUUCCGGAGUUACAACUGUGGAGAAAAUUUGUGUUGGUAUCGAAAAUGCGCCGCAAGGCUUCGAUUUACGUGGACGUAUAUUGGGCGCCGGUGAUGCAAAUUUAAUGUACAUUAGAAGCGAAACCGGAGCAAAUGUAACUUUAAGAGGUAGUACAUCACAAUUUGUCGACCCAGUUUUGGGAGGAGAAUCUCCAGAGCCACUUCACUUGUAUAUAGAGCAUCCAAAGCCAGAGGCAUUACAAAAUGCGAAACAAUUGGCUAUUAACUUAAUACAAACAAUACAAUCUGAACUACAAACUUAUAUUCAGCAACAGCCACCACCGGUGCAACCUCAACAAGUUAUAGAACAAUCACAAAUACAACCAACCCAGUUUCAAACUAUGAACAUUGGUACCUUAACCCAGCCUAAUGUGGUCACAAUACAGCAUCAAGAAAUUCUACAGCAUCCGCAAAGUAGCGUUGUAACAUUACCCGCGACGAUUCUUACCGCUACUGUAGCUGGUACCCCAGGCCCUGGUGUAUCAGUUCCACCUCCAGGAGUAUACAUACCGCCUCACACUGGACCAUUAGUCCCACCCCCGCAAGCUCAGGAGAUACAGACUUUCAUGCCGCCACCGCCGGUCGGGCAAGUACAGUUAAUUGGCCCUCCGUCGACGGUGAGUCAGGUUCAGUAUCAGAUACAUCCCGGCCAGCCGUUGCAGAUUCAGGGGAUUCAACCGGGCUCGCAGUCCUCGCCGCAGCCCGUGGCGCAGAUGUACGUCAUGAGCCAGCCGCCGCCGCAGAAUCCUGCUCAGCAGAGCUUCAUAACGAGCAGCAGUGCGCCGGCGAGCGGCGGGGCGGUGUCGUACGUUUACACCCAGCCGAACGUCCAGAGGCCGGCCACACCGACGCAAGGCAUCAUCGAGACUGUCAAUGUCAAUUUGCAACAACCCCCUCCUCCCGCAGCGCCGCUUAAUAUAACGCAACAGCCGCCGCCGCCUCUGUUGCAUCUUCACUUCCCGCCGCCGAACUUCCCGCCGAAUCAGCCGCCCCCUCCCGUGCCCCCGCAAACCUAUCAGAUACAGUAUCAGCAGGUGCCGGCGCCCGCGUCGCAGUCGCAGACGCAGUUCGUGCUGCAACCGGGCGAGCAUAUCGUCCCGCCUCAGCUGCAGCAGAAUCACGAGCAGUCUCAAGCAGUCGCACAGCAUAUAAUACCGCCGCAAUUCGAGGGCCACGCUCCGCCGUUCCACUUGCAAGUACCCCCGCCGUCCGCGCAAACCUUCCUGGUCCCGAACGCCCAGUCCCCGCAGCAUCACCCGCAACCGCCGCUUCCACCCGGCGGUGAGAUUCAGCAUCAGCAGGAGGGCCCGGUGGAGCAGGGACCGUUGCCGCAACCGGUACCACCUCCGCAGAUCGUGCCGCCCCCGUCGAUCGGCCAGAUGCCGAAUUCUAUGAACAUCCUUACCAGCGUGCCGCCGCCGACGCAACCACCGCCCCCGCAGAAUGCACCGUGGCUUUACCAGGCGCAGCCGCAACCGCAGCAGAUGCCGCAACCGCAAGGGCAAUUGCAGAUGCAGAUGCCACCGCAGAACAUGCCUCUUCAUAACGUGCCUCCGCCGCAAGUUCAGGCCCAGAUACAGUAUCAUCCUCAGCACAUACAGUAUCAGAACGGUCACGUGCCGACGCAGGUGCAUUAUACGAUGCAGCCGCCGCAUCAGCAAGCGUUCGAGCAGAAGCCCGAUUCUCCGGAGCAGCAGAAGUCGCACGGAGUAAAGAGAAGGUUCUCAGACGUUGAGGGAGGUCAGGAACCACCACCACCACCGUACCAAUGCGCACCGCUGCCCGCGCAACGUCACGGCACAGGAGAAGGUGAUCGACAACAGCAAGUCUUACAUGGUCCAUCACCCACACCAGCGGGCCUACCACAUGGAGAUCGAAACAAGAUGCUUAUGCCACCUCCACAUCCAGGUGAGAAACGGAACUUGGAGCAAAAGCCUGCAGGAUUAGCUUCAGGAAAUGAGCAGACUGCAAUUGGAGAAUCCAGCAAUGUUCAUCCUGGAAAUGGUCCUCCCUUGCCGCCUCCGCCGUCGCCACAGGCACCUUGGCAAAGUCAUCAUGUGAGGGUUCCUUGGGGUAGACCACCGCCAAUUCCGAGAGAGGGAGAACAUCCCGCAGUCGGUCCCGGAUUACCUCCUAUUAAUAUGCCACCCCCUCAGAUUAGGCCAAGAGGCCCCGCUGACGGUAACCGGUCUCCCACUCAGAACGCCGUGUUAGAACAGCCGUUAAACGUCGAGUACAAUCAAAUGCCGCCGUACACGUCGAAACCGCCGCCUUACAACGCGCAUCCGUUAAUGCAGUCAAUCUGUAAUCCACCGCCACCACCUCCGCCGCAUCACCAACAGCGGCCGCAGCAUCCCCCUCAACCGGUGCAGCAUUAUCAGGUGCCAAUCUCUCAGACAUAUCAGCCGCCGACAUCCUGUCCACCGUGGAUGAAUUGAAAGUCUAGCCGCAGCCGGUGUUUCCCGCUCUAGUACCUGGACGAUGACUGAUGCGACUUACCGAGUGUAUGAUGUCAUUUCAACGCGAAUGGCGUAACGAUAUAUUAGCGAUAUGUAAGCUAUGAGGGGGGAUCUGAUAUUAAUGCGAGGUUGGAUAUGUUUCGCGUUUACUGCCUCACGUUAUUUACACUCGAUCGUUCCUCAUCAUAGUUGUAACGGAUAAUUUACAUUUAAGAAACAUGGCGAUUAAAUAAUCUAUACGAUAUUAUAUAUAUGUGUGUAAAAAUAUAUAUAUAUAUAUAAUGAGAGAUAUACAUUAUUUAAUAAUCUGUUUCGAUGACGUUACUACGUAUGUAAAAAUGUGUAAAUGUUGAGAAUUAUUUAUAUUGUACAAUUCUUGAAUUCUCUAUCGUGAGAGACGCGUCACGUGGAAUAUGUGAGACACGUGAUCGUAUUGCAUGAUGAAAACAACGUCUCGUUGACAAGUUACUUAUCGAUCGCAGAGUUCGUCCUCAUACGCAUGACGACGGGCGUAAUAACUGUAUAGAUAGAUUGCAUCUAGCGAGAAAGGCGACAGCGUUUAUUAUUUUUGGUUUCAUCGUUGCGCAUAUGAAGACCACUUGUUUUAUAUAUACACGAAUAAUAAUAAUCGGUCUUUAUCUCCUCGGCGCGCAGAAAAUUGUGCAACAUCUUUAUUCAUAGAUAGGUACAUAACAACCAUACAUAACAACACGUAUAAACAUAUAUAUGUAUGCGAUUUUUUUAUGCAACAGCCAAUAAAUCGUUAUUGCCAAUA